AUGUGCGUCCUACCUCAUCAUCCCUGGAGCGCCUUAGCAGUGUGUGGUAUGCUAAUUUGGCUCUCACGGAUUUACCGCGGCUUUAUGACGGUGGACUUCCUCCGCUUCCAGUGGGAUGUUUUGGCAUUGGAGGCCGGUGGCCUGGCUGUGCUGGCCUCCCUGGCAGCUGUUCCCACAUCUGCCAAUAUGCAACUCUUUUGCUCAGCAAUGGCCAUGCAUGGUUUCACGCUGCUUUGCUUUAAACUCAUGUGGGGCUCCUGCCUAUGCAAACUCCUCUCCAACUGUCCAGAGUGGAACUUCGGCACUGCGAUGCAGUAUCACCAUCGGACCACCUGCCUUCCAAAGCCAUGGGCACGUACCCUCCAUCGUUGGAGUGGCUCCUCCCAAGCGUCUUCCAUCCAAGGAUUGCUCACACUGUGGGUCGAGGGCCCACUGUCAUUGCUGUCCCUCACAGGCUGGCCCUUGGCAAGAGCGAUCUCUUGCGUCCUUUGGUGUGGUUUGAUGAUUGGCAUCGCAGUGUCCGGGAACUACGGAUUCUUCAAUGCCCUCACCUGUGUGAUUGCUACAGCCUUGCUUGACGACAGCCAGCUUGCCUGGUUGGGUUUGAGGGUGACAAGCCCAGGGCCAACAGCGUCACCCACAGUUGGGUUCAUCCGAGAUUGGUUGGGCUUUGGCACUUUCACAUUCACAGUUGCUGCCUGGGCUUUGUACACAGCGGGGACCGUUGCGACUCUGCACACCAUUUGCCGAGCGGACGCGGCUCCCGUUUGGUGUCGUUGGGCCGAGAAGUGGUUGAGUUCACAUGGGCUUGCGGGAAGAUACGGGCUUUUUGCACGUAUGACCACCACCAGGGAUGAGGUGAUCAUCAAAGAGUUGCACAGGUUGCCAAAAGCCUUGGCUGAGAGUGCUAUUCAGGAUGGUUUGGCCAAGCCAGCUGCUGGUGAGGUAGGGAAGUUCUGGGUGGAAUUGGCCCUCCCCUACAAGCCAGGACCAUUGAACCGUGCUCCUCCAGUGCUGUUCACACAUAUGCCUCGCUUGGAUUGGCAGAUGUGGUUUGUGUCCUUGACAUGGGCCAGGUUUGAUGAAAGGCCGCUGUGGUUCGAUCGCUUCUUGACCGCUUUGCAGAAUCGGAAUCCUGACAUCAUUAAGCUUGUGGAGCAUCAUGGCCAGCACCCUGUGCAAAGCCGCACCCUUCGCCAGAAGCCAGAAAAAAUCCAAGUGACGCUGGAAGACUACCAGUACAACGAUCCAACUCGAGAGGCCAAAGCAGCUCCCGAUGGUGAGUGCGGUGACUGGUGGUGCCGACAGCCGCAAGCUCAGUGGCUGAUGGGUGACAUCCACGACUGGGCAUCUUGCCGGUGCCAGUUGUGCUUGGCCUCACAGCGACUUUUGCUGCUCGUGUGCAACGAGAAACUUGGUGAGGCAUUCUCACGAGCUUGUGUGAGAAAGCUUCGUGAGGUCUACAUCGAGUUGCUCGACGAGGCCGAGAGCAAGUCGAAAGAGGGGGUUGGGAGAGCGACAUAUUCGACCCCCGCUUUCAAAGAGGACACCGCUUCAAAGGGAACUGCCACUCCCUCUGGAGCAAAGGACACGAAGAGUCAGCCAUCCGUGAAGAGUGAGAGGAGCGAGGAGGAAGAGGACACUUCAGCAGCUGGUGGGCAUCGUGAGGGAGAAGAAGAGAAAGCAUCUCCCGAGAGCACCCCUACAAAGAGUGGAAAGGAGGAGAAGAGGAAGCGUUCAAGGCCCCCCUGCCAGUACCAGAGAUUUUGCAUGGCCCAACUCCUCAGCAGUGAAGUUCUGAAGAGGUUGCCAGGCAAUGGACUUUAA